AGUGCCUGGGGGUAGGAGGAGGUGAGCAGGAGCGAGCUUUUCCUAUCAUGGGGGCAGGUGACUCUCCGUAAAGAACGGCCGCACUGUAAAGCGCUUAAAAGAAGAGGAAUAGCGGCUGAACGCCACCCCAGGCCCAAAAACUCUGCGUAGCGGGAUCGUGAAUUAUGGCUAAUGUGUGAGCAGUCACUAGCCCUCAACUGCAAACUAACAACUCAGAAGAACCUUCUCAUGACGCCGACUGGAAGAAGAAAAAGAUCCAUCAAUUUAUAAUCGCGAAGGAGCAGAGAGAGCUGGAUUUGUACUAAUCAUGGAGCCCGUAACGAAGUGGUCCCCUAUCCAAGUUGUUGAGUGGAUGAAAGGACUUGAUGAUUGCUUGCUGCAGUAUGUUACUAAUGUAGAGCGAGAGAAGAUAAAUGGUGAACAGCUACUUAAAUUCACUCAUCAGGAUCUUCAGGAACUUGGAAUUACGCAAAUUCAACAUCAAGAGCUUGUUCUUGAGGCAGUUGAUCUUCUUUGUGCCUUGAAUUAUGGUCUGGAAAUGGACAGCAUGAAAAAUACUGUGCUAAAACUGAGAUCAUCAUCUAACAAUCUUCAGAAUUAUAUUGGCAAUCAGAAGAAAAGUGCAUCUUAUGAUAGCAAUACAUCUCACAAGCCCCACAAUGAUUUUCUCACCUCUGCUGUAGAACUCAUUGGCUCUGCAAAAGCUUUAUUAACAUGUCUUGAAAGAGCUCCAUUUACAGAGAUCACUGACUUAUCUUCAACAAAGAAUAAAAUUAUUCAGCUCUGUCUGGAUUUAACAACAACAGUUCAGCAGGAAUUCUCUGUUGAAGAAGUGGAAAAUACAGUUCUAACUGUUUCCAAAGAACUAAAUGAUAUAUGUGACAAGACAAUCAGAUUGGCUUCAGACCCACUUGCAAGUCAUUGUGCCUGUUUGGAGGAAGUGCAUAUGACAAAUAUUAAACCUGGUGAAGGCCUGGGAAUGUAUAUCAAAUCCACAUACAAUGGGUUACAUGUCAUUACAGGAACUACUGAGAAUUCUGCAGCAGAUCGUUCUGGAAAGGUUCAUGCUGGUGAUGAAGUGAUUCAAGUUAAUUAUCAUACAGUGGUUGGCUGGCAAUUAAAGAAUCUUGUAGCCAGGCUGAGGGAUAAUUCAGGUGCAGUCACACUACUUCUGAAAAAGAGACCUACCAGCAGCUUGAAUUUUACUCCAGCGCCUUUAAAAAACCUGAGAUGGAGGCCUCAGCUUGUACAGACAAGUCACUCACCAACAGCUAUGCAGUCUCCAGAAAGCACUUCAAAUUCUUCUCUAAAAAAAGAAAAGCCGGCAAUUCUUGAUCUUUACAUACCACCACCACCAAGUGUUCCGUAUUUUCCACGUACUGAGGUUGGCAGCAGUGGAAGUAACAGAUGUGUAUAUCCUAUUCCUGGGUCAGAAGGUUCUGAGUCCCCAAACUCUUUUUUGGACCAUGAAAGCCGCAGAAGAUGGUUUACUAUUGCCAACUCUGACCAGCUUUUCUCUUCUCCAUUAGAAGUGAAGGUGCAGCCUGCAAAACUCAGAGACAAAACACCUUCAUAUGGUAAACCACGUCCCUUGUCAAUGCCUGCUGAACCGAGCUGGAUGGUACCACCUGAAACAUACUCCAGACACAGACUGGCAGGAAAGAAAGGUGAAGGGGUUCUUUCCAGGUAUUUCAGUAAUGAACAAAUAACACCUAUCACUGAAGAAAAUAUUUAUUCUUGCAGUAACUUAACAAAGCCGGCCAGCAGAAGGCUGGUAAGAGGAGCAGACUAUGUACGAGCUAGUCCAAGUCUUUUAAACAUGGACCUGCACAAUAGUUCCACAAUGCCUUACCAGGAAGAUGUUGAAAAAAAGCACAAUGCCUCUUCAUCUUCAAAGAAUUCUUCCACAGAGCCAUCAUUUCUGGUCAGCUGGUUUACAAAACUGAAACUCUUGCCUCGCUAAAUGUGUUCAGAUUGUUACACCACUUAGUGCCUUUAUACCCUAAAUUACAGUAUUAGGUGCAAAACUCAUCUAUGUGGAGACAUGCUACAUACGGUUUUCUUCAUUUGGCACCUCUUGGACAACACUUGCACACACUACAAGUUGAGCAAGCCAUGUUCAAAUCAAAAACUUUGUUUAUUUUCUCUGAAUUCUAGCCAGUGGGACUGAAUAUGCAUAUCAGAUAUUGAAUACUCUGUCCGCCAACGCGUGCAUACAUAUUUCUCUGUCAAAUAAAACCACAAGAAGCAAACGCACUCAGUAUUACAGAAAAUAACUUAUGGAAUGUUCUGACCAGAUGCAUCCGGCAAACACCAAGGAACUCAUGCAAAUAAAUAGAAAAAAAAUUGUUACAGUUCACUUCCUUGUUAUAUAAACACAGUACAGGUAUAUUGGGAAAAGGAUUGAUGUUUUACUUUCCUGUUGUAAUUCUCAUUGAAAUAUUCAAAUGCGGUUGUAUACUGUAGCUUCUUGCAGAGACAGGCUUUCUUCUUGAUGUAUGUGUUUUGCUAACAUUAGCCAAAUUAGUCCCACUGCAGUAACCAAUCACAACCAUUAUGUUUAGUUUGCUUGUAGUGCAGUAUACUGAUUAUAGCUGAUGACUGAUUGGCUGCUAUGGGUUAUUGCACUGGGUCAAAUUUGGCUAAUGCUAGUAAUUGAGCCCUGUGUGUUGAGAAGAUUUAGUUCAAUGGGCAGUACAGAAACAGAUUCAGAUGAUGUUUACAGGCAGUGAAUGUCACCAGUGGCUUUCUCUUGCAACUCUUUCAGACCACGCCUGCAGCUUAUUGGCCUGUGUAUGUAGCUUACUAAAAAUAGGCCAACAAUCGGACAAGUUUGAAAAUUACCUCCGGCAAGGAUCACAUCUGCACAUUCGUGCAGUCCUAACAGGCCCCAGUAUAUGAUCGCUAGAUUGGGUCCAUGUUUACUUAUGUGACAUCUUAGCCAAAGGAGCAGAUCUGGCAGUGUAUGGGCGAUUAAGACUAAAUAAAGCAGCAGCAGGAACAACCGUUUCUCAUAGUCUGGAUAAUAUCCAUUACAUUAAAUAAACCCAAUAGGAUUGUUUUGCUGUUGACAUGGAUUCAUGUAGCUUAGUUUAGUUUGGAUCAAGUACAAGGUAAUGUUUUAUUAUUACAGAUGAAAGGUAAAUACAUGUUUCCCUUGUACUUAAACAAACACAUACUUCACGCUAAGGGGCAGCCUUUCAAUUUGCAUUUAUACUGCAAUUGAAAAAAAACUUAGUGGCAAAAAUUGCAAAUUUGAGUUUCAAAACCUCAAAAAAAAAAUUAAAAAAAACCCUUAAAACCUAAAUAACCUAAACCUAAAUUUUGCACCAAAAUCUGGCAAGGGUUCAUGUAGACAUCAAUUGAGUUGUAUUCUCAAAUUUUAAGCUAUUUUUCAAUUUAAGUUUUCAAGAUUUUACUGCUUUCUAGUUGUUUUUUCACAUUUGUAAGUGAAUGAGUUUUUGAGUUUCAAUGUUUUUUUUUUUUUUAGCAAUGCAGUAAUAUAGAUAUAUCCAAAGUACAUUUCAUAACCUCUGUCUGCUGCCUGCAUAGAGAAAUGAUGGAUGACAAUUGCAACCACUUUCUCCCUCUGAACUGCCCCUGGGAAAAUUGUCAUCUAUUGGUAAUGGAAUUACUAAUAUUUAUUUAUGGUAGAUUUUUGAGUGUGACUUUAUUUAUUUCAAUUAUGUUUUAUUUAUGUGACACUUAAGAAUACAUGACAUCUGCAUUAUGUUGUCAGAUAUAUCUGUUGUAGUGCAAAAACGGAAAUCCUUAUAAGUAGCUUACAAUGCCUGCUUGCCAGCACUAAAUGGCACUUAGCUUUAAAAUGUUUGUGCUGGUUUGUUCUCUCUCAGCAUAUUUUACAGUAUCUCUGUACAGAAUAUCAACAAAUGUAAGUAUUUAUUCCAUGCAAUGCUAUGCCUGAUGAUUUGGAAGGCCAUUACCUUCUAAGAAUGUUGGCGGUUUAUUGCUGGCAACAAGGUUUUACUGGUGAUUUAGAAAUGUUCCACAAAAAUAGAGUACUUAAGAAGGUAGUAAACAUAGAAAUCUUCAGCAGGUAUUCUACACAAGGGGUUCAGAGUUCAAUAGAUACUUCUUCACUCAUGCCUUGUAUCUCGAUAUGUCACUGAACCACAGCUGACUUUGUGUUCACUUAAAACUGUAUUCCUGUUUUAACCAAGAAUCUGGAAUUUAGAGCUUUCAGUUGGCUGAUGGCCUAAGAUUUAAUAUGGCUAAGAAAGCAGUCCCUGGAAUAUGUUAUAAAUAUCCUGGUGAGGAGAAUGUUUCCACACUUCUGUUACAAAUAGAGAAAGUGUCACAGAUAGGUCUUGCUGCGAAUAUUGGUUGUCUUUCCAGCCUUUCCAGUUUUACUGGAGAAUUAGGGUAACUGAAUCAGAAAAAGCAAACAAUUUGUGAUUGGCCACAUUGAACUUUGAUAGAGAACUGACUGAGGGUUUGUGUAGAGUAUUGAUAAACUGAACAAAAACCUCACAUAUAGUAAUGGUAUAUUCUAGUUUUUUUGUCUUUUUCACUGCUUUUUAACAUAUCUUAUCUUGUGUUUUUGAACUAUUAAAAUAGAUCUUUGCAACACAUCAGCAGCAAUUCAGUUCAAUAUAUUUACUGUGUAACUUAUUGUAUUUCAUAUUCUGAACUGCAGAGUAGAUCUCUAAGAGAACAACAUCUAAAUGCUCAGAAUUUUUACUGAGAAUAGAAAAUGUUGACUAAAUACCAUUUGUGCCUUUACGGUGAAUCAGCAGCCAUUGCGGUCAUUGCAGAGUGUUCACAAUAAACUGGCUAGAGAAGCACUACAGAGAGUUUCUGCUUUGGCACAAAGUAUUGCAAAUUCACUACUGAUUGGAAAAAUGUAUAUUCAAUGAAUACAUUCCAUGUCAUUGCUCUCUCUUCCAGUAAAUAAAGGUUUAUAUGUUGAUUAUA